AUUGAUGGCGGGACUCCAUCAUACCGUCAUCAGCAAGUGAUGAAGUCCGGCCCCGAAUCGAUAGGAAUCGCGAGGAACGGUUACGUCGAAAACAUCGCGACUGAAAAAUUGAGGUCGGCGCUACGUCGUCAGACGACCCCUUGGCACACGCCCGUUCAACGACCCCACCCACACCACAUCACACACCAUCCCUUGCACACGCACGACCCUCUCCCGGCCAAAUCCCGCUGCCAGAAACGUUUCAAAGAAGUUAUUGCUUGUUUCUAGUUUUAUUUUCUCUCCCAGACCGUAUUAUCUUCCCGGCCACUCUAUAAUAAUAAUUAUAUUAUUAUUAUGUAACAUUGCAAACUAGAUUGUCAUUUAAAUUAUUCUCUUAUCCCUACUCGCACACCGACAUACGUCUACCUCGUCAAAACAUCGCGAAAAUAAUCUAGGGUCGUACAUUAAUUGUCACCGCUUUCCAAGCCGCGUAAAUUGUUUUUAUAUCAUUAUGUUAUGAAACGACCACGGCGUAAUAAUUAUAUAAUGUGAGUACCACGAUCAAUCGGUUCGGUUUGAAGUUUUUCGCAAUAACGAAGAAUCUCUUCGCUGAGCACAAAUCGCGAUUUCGCGAUACAAGGGCGCACAGAGCUGACGACGACGACGAUGACGAUGAUAAUGAUGAUAAUGAUGAUAAUGAUGAUGAUGCUGAUGCUGAUGAUGAUAAUAAAUGGAAAAGGGAACGAGCAGAGGACCUCUUGCAACCCGAUAUGGUUUUUUGGGGUCGGUCACUGGGGACGUACAUACGCUAUUAAGUCCAACGAAACAACACCGCGCUAAUAAAACAAAACAAAAAAAAAUACAUAUAAAAUUCUACCUUCAUUACGACUACGUGCGCGUAAACCAUAUUAAUUUAUUCAUUUUUUUUUUUUUUUUUAGUUCACCUACACUUUUUAGUAUUUUUAUUAGAUAAACAUUUUUAAAAGCACUUUUUGCACAAUUUUUUUGUUUUUUAAACAUCGAAUAGCCUCCGAGUAGCUGGCGUGGACCUAUAAAGAAUUUCUAUAUCAAAUAAUUUAAUGGUAAUUAUUAUUGUUGGUAAUUAAUUUUAACACGAUUAUCUACCUAUAUAUUAUAUUAUAAUAUGCAUUUAAUUGUUUGAACAAAAUACAACGCCUAUGUUGAUAACAAAAUUCGAACCAUAUGCGAUUUAUAUUCAAAACUGAUAACAUAUUGUAAAAAUUUAGAUGCAUAACUGUAUGUAUGCUAUAUUAGCGCUUGUCAUCAAAAUCGUAAAUGAGUAGAGCCGUAGAGAUCAAAGUGACAGACAUCGAUAUAAGAGUAGAGGCAGCUCAUACUGCGAUAAUCAAACGGUAGUAGAGAGAAAUACUGAAAUGAAAUUGUAAAUAUCGUUAGUCUAUAAUGCAUUAUACUGUGGCUAUAUUAUAAUAUUAUAUAGUUAGCAGCGACGCUGUCUGGGUAUAAUAUUGAAUGACGAAUUAAUUGAUACCUGUGCUGUGUGUAAAUAUUGAUUUUAUUUACAAUCACCUAAUACGAUAUAUUAUAUUAUAUUAAAUGUUUGUAUAAUAUAUUAUAUUAAUAUAUUGUGCGUAUAUUUACCACCGUGGAAUAAUGCGAAUUUACCAAAUAAUGUGAUUAACGACGACGUUGAUUCGGCCGUAAUAAUCGAGCACGAACCGUUGUUCCAAUCGAAUUUUCGAAUUUGACGUUUUGGACAGUGUCGUUCUUCCUGUCCUAUAUUUUAACGUUUAACCAUUAUAGUUGCAACGAUUUACGGGUUACAGCUUUAUGUGGUAUUUAUAAGCUUGAGAUAGAGACGUUUCUAUUUUGUUUUUAAAUUCCGAGGGAGAGUCUGUUUUAAACGACACUGACAAAGUCAAUCGGAAUCGAUUAAACUUUGACGAAGAGUUUCCCAAAGAAAAACGUGUUUUCUUCGACAACUUUUUAAAAAACUAAGAAAUUCUAAAGAUUUAAAUUACCGUCCAAAUAAACCGUCGAUAGGGUAAUUAUAAAUUUAUUUAAUUAAUAUAAAGCAGUAAACGGGCGUCACAAUAUUAUCGCCAACGAUAAACUUACCAUUAUAGUAUCAUUCGCCGAUCGAAAUAGUUUUCGAAAUCUCCGCCACAUCCCUCUACCUCGCACUUGCACGAUUUCGACUUUCUACCACUGCAGACUGCACCGCAGUUAUGUCAAAAUUCACGGAAACCAAUCCAAAGACUGAGCCUGCGUACAGGUAUUUAAAAUAAAAAAUUGUUUUCGUCUUCCGGCGAUUUAGGCUGCUGUUAAAUGUGACAAAAGACCAGGACGUUAUGAUAUUGGCGGGAAACGUGACCGUUUUCAACAACUCCGAGUGCACGAGUCCCGAACCAGUGAUUUGCCCGGUGCAGAGUCGUUACCGGACGGUGGAGGGCAUUUGUAACAACGUCUUGGAUCCGCUCAAAGGUGCGGCUAUGAUGCCGUUCCACAGAGUAUUGCCAGCUGACUAUUCAGACGGCGUGUGGAAACCGAGGAAAGCGACUGACGGUUCGGAGUUGCCGUCGGCCAAACAAGUCAGCGAGGGUGUGCACCGACCGUCGUAUGAAGAAGAUCACGAUUUCACCGUCAUGCUGGCGGUCUGGGGUCAGUUCAUGGAUCACGACAUUACUGCCACCGCGCUGAGCAGAGGGCGUAAUGGAAGCGCUAUUUCGUGCUGCGGAUCGGUGGGCAAAAAUAUUACGCACCCCGAAUGCUUUCCAGUGAUCGUGCAUGAAGACGAUAAAAAGUGCGGAAAAUGCAUGGAGUUUGUGAGGUCUUCGCCUGCGUCUACCUGUAGUUUCGGGCCCAGGGAACAGUUGAACCAAGCGAGCUCUUAUCUGGACGGAUCGUCCGUGUACGGCAACACACGAAAACUGCAAAAUGACCUGAGAUCAUGGACUGGCGGACGAAUGAAGGUGUUCGUAACUGAACACGGAAAACAGUUGCUGCCGCCCAACAAAGAUCCCCUGGACGGGUGCAAUGAAGAAUCGGAAAUGAAAAAAGGUCGUUACUGCUUUUUGUCCGGAGACGCCAGAUCGAACGAAAACAUGCAUUUGACAACUCUCCAUUUGAUCAUGGUGCGCCAGCACAACAUGAUUGCUGGUAGAUUGUCAUCCCUAAACCCCCACUGGGACGACGAACACAUAUUUCAGGAGACCAGGCACAUAGUCACCGCUCAGAUUCAACACAUCACGUACAACGAAUUUCUACCAGUAUUGCUUGGUGACAGCCUCAUGAAGCGCCUGGACUUGUACUCUCGACAAACGGGUCAUUGGAACGGAUACAAUUCUGCAGUUGACCCGACCAUCAGCAACAACUUUGCGACCGCGGCCUUCCGUUUUGCCCACACUCUCAUACCGAGCAUGAUGAAAUUCCUUAGGGACGACAACAGCGAUCCCGAAUUCGUCGAAAUGAGGAAAAUGCUGUUCAAUCCAUACAGACUUUACACGUGCGGCGGCGUGGAUAGCGUCAUUCGUGGAGCGAUGAAUACAAGCGCCGGGAAAUCGGAUGCCUUUUUCACGCCCGAAGUCACCAGACAUCUUUUCGAGAAAAAUCAUGGAUCGAAGCGCACCAGAGGGCAGUGUGGUUUGGACUUGGUCGCACUGAACAUACAGAGGGGCCGAGAUCACGGACUUCCGGCAUACCCACGGUGGCGCGAAACGUGUGGAUUCCCGAGGCCGAGGAGUUUCAGCGAUCUGGAAGGACAAGUCGAAACGGCAACACUGCAAAGGAUAUCGAAACUGUACAAGUCGAUCGACGACUUGGACCUGUACACAGGGCUGCUUUCCGAGAAGCCGCUGGAAGGAAGCAUCUUGGGGCCGACAAUCACAUGCCUGUUGGCCGAUCAAUUCUUGCGGGUAAAAUCGGGUGAUCGUUAUUGGUAUGAGACGGACGAGAAACCUCAAGCGUUCAACGAGGAUCAGCUGUCAGAGAUCCGAAAAACCACGUUUGCGGCAAUAAUUUGCGACAAUUCCGACGAAAUUGAAUCCGUUCAGAUGCACGUGAUGCAAAGCGCCAGAAAAGUCGGCAACGGCAGAGUUGGUUGCGACAGUUUAAUAAAAACGUCUCUCGACCCGUGGAAAGAAGAGUUCGACGUGGCCGUUCCUAAAGCCGCCCUUCAGGACCCGACCGCCACCCCUCAGGACUCGACCGCCACCCCUCAGGACACUACCACCACAGCUCAGGACUCCGCCACCGCCGCUGCCGAAGUCACAACCGGGAAUAAUAUUAACAACACAGGAUCGUAGUCGGCAGACGUUCUCGUCCUGCACCCGGUGAAAAUCGGCUCCGGUCACGUGUAAGAACGUACAUUUUUUUGAAGUUGGGUAGCCCAAAAAUAAAUUUAAAAAAAUUAAUAACACCUACCUUAAUCAUAAUGUUAUAUAGGUCAUAUCUAUGUAAAAUUUGUAUUAACUCACUCCGAACUCACGUACGGCUCAGAGUUUCGUCAUUAUAUUAUAAUUUUUUUUCUACUAUUGAUUAUACUCACAAAUGGCAGAGACGGAAGGGCUUACGUGACCUUAGCCCCCUCGAAAUAAUAUAUAUUUAAGUUAGUUUUAUUAACAAUUAUAUAAAAUGUAUAGUUUUUUUUUUUAAACUAUUGUAAGACAAAAAUGUAUUAUAUUCGUUUAAUACUAACGGUGAUUAAAAUUUGCACCAUCAUGAUUUAUUCCAUUAUUGUAGACUAACUAAGGGACUUCGGCACUCCCAGUUUUUUUAUUGGAUUUGAGCCACUGCGUUCAGCAGUUCCAAUUUUGUGUAAUUGGCUUUUGGAAAUCGGAAUCAACCCAUUAUCAUUAAACCUAAAGGUAAGACAUAUUCUAUAUUUUGUUGGAAAUGUAAUUUCGAUAUUUUUAUUUUGAUACGAGGUUGUAAGGUUAUCGAGCUUGUAAUGUAAAACAGUUUAAAAAUUCUGAUAACUCGAUGCAAAAUUAUCCCAGCAAACCACAGAGUAUGUUGUUACCUUUAACAUUUAAGUUUGAUAAAACUCACAAUAAUAUUAAAACAUUUAAAACUAACGAAUCUAAAACAUGAAAACUGCUGAAAUUAAUUUUGCUAAAUUAUACGUGUCGUUUCUCGACGACUCACGACGACUUCCCAAGACGGAGACGACAUAUCAAAUUUGCGUUCGGCAGUUCCACUUCAGUCUUCGCUUUGACACUAGACUGGAUGAUUAUUAAUACAUUUUUAUUCGUUUUGAAACACCAGAAUCUAUGAAUUUUGGGAACGGGGGGAGGGAUGAUAAGUUACGAUUAGUUAUGAACAACACGCGUGCAUGUACGGUGAGCCAGAAGAAGGAUUCGCUAAAAACUCAAGAGGUCAUCCAUCCGGGAGCUAGCGACGCCAGACGAUGCUUCACGGCAGUUCCCAUUAGCGACUGCGGCCAACCACUGCGCCGUUCUUAGCUCCUGUUGAUAUAAUAUUAUGUAUGCGAUCUCCCUUUGGUUUUUUUACAAUUUUAAAAUUUUUUAGCGAGUUAUGAGGAUUUUUAAACCGUACGAUUUUACGUGCUUACAAUACUUGCUUGAAACUUAAAAUAUCGUAAAAAACCACCGAGGGAUCACAGAUAAUAUAAUGGUCCUUACCUGAAGUAUGUAAAGAUUAAAUUUAAUGUUGAAGCACACUACAUCAAAUUGGAACCGAUGAAUACACAUUUGCAAUAUCUUUCGUUUACAAGACGGAGAUGUCGACGCUUAAGUGACGAACUCUUAAAAUAAUAAAUGAUACAUUAAAUAUUUUUAAUAUUUAUAAUUACUUACACGUAAAUUAUAUAUAAUAUAUAUAUUAUUAUGUUUAAAGUGUAUACAUUACUAUUUACUAGAUAUAGGUAUAUAUAGUGUGUGUAGUGUAUCUAUUAGAGACGCUCUAAUUGGUAAAUUUUUUGGGAUGUGGGGACUUUCCCCCCGCUUUCCUAUUUUUAAUCUCCACUCCCACCCUACAUCAAAAAAAAAAAAAA